CAACCUGAUCAUGUUUGUCAAAGGCCUGUGAUCAAUGCCGGGUAGGUUUGCUUCAUUUCGUUCUGUUUGGCGUGGCUAGCGGUGGCUUUUAUAUGGUGUUGCUGGCGAAAACCAUUCUAAUUCUCUUCCUGACCUUGUGGACUAUUGUUUGAAACCUUGCCGGCUUCCCCCAAUAAGCCAAUGGCGCAACCAAAGUCCAUCCUCUUCAUUGAUGCUUACGACUCUUUUGCCGAAAACAUUGCUGCUCUUCUGCGCCAGCAGCUCAACGUUGAGGUCCUGUUGAUCAAGAUUGACUGUGAUAUCUCCAGGCAAUACGGCUACGGCCAUGGGGACUUCUUCUCGCGGUUUGAUGCCAUAGUCCUGGGACCAGGCCCAGGUAAUCCUUGCAAUGAGUCGGAUGUCGGGCUAUUCAACCAGGUCUGGGAACAUGCGCCACUGCUCAAAAUACCAGUGCUUGGGAUUUGCCUAGGUUUUCAAAGUCUCUGUGCACAAUAUGGACUGCCCAUUGUUCGAGCGAGUCUACCCUGCCACGGACACGCAAAAGAGGUAUUACAUGUCGGCCUGGACAUUUUCAACCAUUCGCAGAAAAUCCUUGCCACCAAUUACAACAGCCUUGUUGUACGAGUGAAAGACUUCAAGCUAGAUACCAACAGAAGCCGACGAACUUCGACCGGAUCUCUCGAGAGCUUCGUCUCUCUUCAGAGUCUACAGUCUGCUGAUUCAAUGUUCUCGAAACCUUCAGGCAGCAAACCAAUGCGACGACCAGCUGACAAUCUGGAACUUCUAGCAUGGGAUGAGGAGGACUGGGUCAUGGCCGUCAAGCAUAAGGAAUUCCCUUUCUACGGCUUCCAGUUCCAUCCAGAAUCAUGCAAGUCAAACGUCGCAUGUCAUGAACUGAUCAAAAGAUGGUGGGCUUCAGCGACAGCUCACAAUGCUUCAAAUAGAAGAACACAUGCGGCGAAAGUAUGGGUCCCUACCCCGGUCAGCUCGUCAGACGAUGACAGUGACCCGCCUUUCAGUCUCGAAGACUACCUACAUAACCUUGGCACCGCAAAUACUAAUGGUGCCAUCGUCUGCACCAGUGUACCAGUCUACCACGGAAGCGGCGGUAUUGACUCAAUGUGUCAGCAAUUGUCUCCCGAGCGCUGCGUCGUCAUGUUAGAGUCGACAAAGAGAGGACGGUUCAGCAUCUAUGCCUUUCCCGACGAGUCAAAUUUUCGGAUCGAGUACGGUGCCGGUCAAUGUCGGGUAUAUGAGGGUUCGUUCACAGUACCGACCCAUACGUACCGAGUUGACCGGACUGAGAUGAUCAAGGUCCUGGAAUCGUUCAUGUGCAGCCAGCACAUCAAUGACGACGGUUCCCCAAUCCCGUUCAGAGGUGGAUUCAUAGGUUACCUAUCCUACGGUUUUGGCGUCGACUCACUUGGCUUAGACGUCCCAUCUAGCGAAACUGGCGGAUCAAUUACGCCAGACAUAAGUCUGUUGUGGGUGGACCGUAGCAUAGUUGUUGACCAUGCGACAGGUCGCGCAUACGUCCAGUCUAUCAGGGGACACAUUGGACAGAGAGUGAAGAGCGACGUCCGAUGGGUCGAAGCAAUAAGUGGAAGGUUCCUUGUUCCCCGUUCACGAGGAUUCGGCAGCGGCAGACCAGCAUCCCCAACAACUAGCCCAAGCGAGACCAUGAAACUGCACGAUACGCUGCUGUCCUCGACCGUCACACUCCCCGAACACGACCGCUACAUCUCGCAAAUUCGGGACUGCCAGUCCGAACUCCUUGCUGGCAACUCCUAUGAGCUUUGCCUCACCACCGAAGCCACGGUCAGUACGCCAAAGACUGAUCAUCGCGAUCCCAACCCCAAUUCCUGGUUUCUGUACAAAAACAUUCAACGCCACAACCCUGUCCCGUUCGCUGCCUACAUGCGCCUCGGCAAGACAACAAUUCUCUCCUCCUCCCCUGAGCAGUUUCUCUCAUGGUCCCGGGCCGGCACGAUCGACAUGAUACCAAUGAAAGGCACCGUCAAGAAAACACCCGGGAUGACGCUUGAACAAGCCACCAGCAUCCUCUCCUCUGCCAAAGAAUCCGCCGAGAACCUGAUGAUCGCGGAUCUAAUCCGGCACGACCUGUACAGCACCGUUGGCCGUGACGCGCUCGUCGAAGUCGUCAAGUUGUGCGAUGUAGUGGAAACAGAGACCGUCUUCAGCCUUGUCUCACAUAUUCGCGCUCACGUCCCUUUCCCUGCCGGGAAGUCUCGCCAGUCAGCUGAAGUCUCUCAGGAAAUGACCAAACACGGCAUCCGCGCUCUUGCCCACACACUCCCGCCCGGUAGUAUGACAGGUGCGCCCAAAAAGCGGUCCUGCGAGAUCCUGCACCGCCUCGAACAGCGAGACCGAGGUAUAUACUCCGGCGCAAUCGGCUACAUGGACGUCACUGGCAAUGGUGCAUGGUCGGUGUGUAUCCGCACGGCGUUCUCCAACGAGGAUGAAAACAUUCCCGCCACUGAUGACAGUGAUGAGAUGCAGAAGUGGCACAUCGGCGCCGGUGGAGCCAUCACCGUGCUUAGCGAUGAGGAGCAAGAGUGGGAGGAGAUGAUGACCAAAAUGGACAGUGUGUUGCGAGGGUUCCGAGUGCAUGGCGAUCCGGCCGCUUUGGAAGCAGCGAUAGAGCGCUUCAACACACUUUUGACGGAAAGUCCAGCCUUCACAGACGAGGACAGAGUACUGGCGACGAUCGAGAGUCUUGAAGAAGCCUUGGAAGCUUGUAACAUCUGAAAAUGUGCUCUUUCAAGGCUACGACUGUGACAGACGGACCUAUGCGCACUGAUUGACCUGCAUUGUACCACUAUGACUUAGGAAGAUAUUGGGACUGGCGGCAUGCUUUGUACGACUACGACUUAGGAACCUACCCGACAAGCACUGGCAGGAUUGCUUUUGUCCGGAAGCUUUUAGGGCUUGGACCGACAUGAACGACAUGUAUCACGACGACGGGCCAGUUCGCCGACUUCAACACGGCGCAACAUAACCCUAGAUAAUUUCUGUAACAUCAUCUUCAACUUCAAU